AUGGCAAUAAACACUCGUAUCAGAGCAUUCAGCACUACUGCUGAGGAAAUGACAGCAAAUAAAUAUGAUGCUGAUAGAGAAGAUUCUAAUUCGAAUGAUAUCAAGGGUAAGGUUGAUCCAGCAAAACCAGCAUCUCUUACAUGGAAUAGGAAACUCAACACCGAGGCAAUUCCCCUUUCACAGUUUGGCAUAAAGAUCUCAGAAGUAAUUCGUCUGGCUCCAUUAAUAUAUCGCUUAUGGCUUUGGUUACGAGAAGAUGCUUCAAAGGGAAACGGAAAUGGAACUUUUGUGGACCCUUUCAAGAAACACUACUUUUCUUCUUGUUAUGGUGUUCCUUUAGGUGGUAUUGGUGCAGGUAGCAUUGGAAGGACAUAUAAAGGCGAGUUUUUGCGUUGGCAACUCUUUCCUAAAACAUGUGAAGAUAAACCAGUUUUAGCAAAUCAAUUUUCUAUAUUUGUCUCAAGACCAAACGGAAACAAGACCUCCACUGUCCUCUGCCCACCAAAUCCAAAACUGCUAAAAGAGAGUUCGGUCGAUGGGAUUGGAUCUUGGGACUGGAAUUUUAGUGGAGAGAAAUCAACAUACCAUGCAUUAUACCCAAGGGCUUGGACAGUUUAUGAUGGUGAACCUGAUCCGGACCUCAAAAUAGUUUGUCGUCAGAUUUCCCCAAUUAUCCCUCAUAAUUAUAAAGAAAGCAGCCUUCCUGUAGCAGUAUUUACUUACACACUGUCAAACACCGGAAACACAGAUGCAGAUGUCACUUUGCUAUUUACAUGGGAGAAUUCUGUUGGUGGAUCCUCUGGAUUAUCCGGUCAUCAUUCCAAUUCAAAAAUGGCGGUGAAAGAUGGCGUUCAUGGUGUACUCCUACAUCAUGCGAGUGCAGAUGGGCAAGCCCCGUUAACCUUUGCUAUUGCAGCACAAGAAACAAACCAUGUUCGCGUUUCAGAGUGCCCAUCCUUCAUAACAUCUGGACAGUCCAAGGGUUUCACAGCAAAAGACAUGUGGAAUGAAAUUAAAAAGAAUGGUUCUUUUGAUCACCUUCAUUCUUCUCAACUACCAAUGAUCUCAGAAGCAAAGUCGUGUAUAGGUGCGGCUAUUGCAGCUUCUGUGACCAUACCAUCUCAGGCUGUGCGUACUGUCACCUUCUCAUUGGCAUGGGACUGUCCGGAACUUGUCUUUCCAGCCAGGACGUACCAUAGGCGUUACACCAAAUUUUAUGGUACUCAUGGGGAUGCUGCUGAAAAAAUUGCACAUGAUGCUAUUCUCGAACAUGGUAAUUGGGAGGCCCAGAUAGAAGCAUGGCAACAGCCUAUCCUUGAAGACAAGAGGCUUCCUGAAUGGUACCCAAUCACUCUUUUCAAUGAAUUAUAUUAUCUCAACUCAGGGGGAGCAAUCUGGACAGAUGGACUAGGUCCAGUACAGAAUCCCCAGAGUAUUAAUAAUGGUAAUAUAACUCAUGAAUCCGACAAUGAUGAUAAUGUUCUUGAAAAAAUCACUUCAGUCCUUGAUGAAAUCCAUAUACCAACAUCAAAAAACUCAGCAUUCGGUACAAAUCUUCUACAAGAAGGAGAAGAAAACAUCGGGCAAUUUCUGUAUUACGAAGGAAUAGAAUACCACAUGUGUAACACAUACGACGUCCAUUUCUACGCAUCAUUCGCCCUAAUCAUGCUUUUCCCCAAACUCGAACUCAGCCUCCAACGCGACUUCGCAGCUUCUGUCCUGAUGCACGAUCCUCGUAAAAUGAAUCUUUUAUCCGAUGGGACAUGGGUCCCACGAAAAGCCCUAGGUGCUGUCCCACAUGAUAUCGGAAUGAUCGAUCCUUGGUUUGAAGUUAACUUCUAUAACGUCUUCAAUACGGAUCAAUGGAAAGAUCUAAACCCUAAAUUUGUCCUCCAAGCUUACAGAAACGUGGUGGCUACCGGAGAUAAGACUUUUGCGAAAGCUGUUUGGCCUUCGGUUUAUAUUGCAAUGGCGUACAUGGAGCAGUUUGAUAAGGAUGAAGAUGGGAUGAUUGAAAAUGAAGGGUUCCCUGAUCAGACGUUUGAUACGUGGUCGGUUUCGGGUGUUAGUGCGUAUUCCGGUGGGCUGUGGGUGGCGGCUUUGCAGGCGGCGUCUGCUAUGGCUGGUGUAGUUGGUGAUAAGGGUUGCGAGGAGUAUUUUUGGGCCAAGUUUUUGAAAGCGAGGAGUGUGUAUGACAAGCUGUGGAAUGGUUCUUACUUUAACUAUGAUGAUAGUAAUGGGAGGGCAAGUUCGUCAAUUCAAGCUAUCCAAUUGGCUGGACAGUGGUAUGCUCGAGCAUGUGGGCUUUCUCCGAUUGUUGAUGAAGAAAAGGCGAAAAGUGCGUUGGAGAAGAUUUACAACUUCAAUGUUUUAAAAGUGAACAAUGGGAAGCGUGGAGCUAUUAAUGGGAUGCUACCCACUGGAGAACCCGAUACCUCAUGUAUGCAAUCAAGAGAAAUUUGGACCGGAGUCACUUAUGCAGUUGCUGCUGGUAUGCUUCAUGAAGACAUGAUCAACACCGCUUUCCACACUGCAAGUGGUGUGUAUGAAACCGCUUGGUCUGAAGAGGGAUCUAGUUAUUCUUUCCAAACCCCAGAAGCUUGGAACAGUAAUGGGAAAUACAGAUCUCUGACUUACAUGCGGCCUUUGGCGAUUUGGGCUAUGCAAUGGGCCUUAACACAACCCAAAGGGCCUGAUCACGAAAUGAAGCCUGAUGUAAAGCCUGAAUCUCUCCUCAGGCAACAUGCCAGAUAUACAGAAGUGGCUCGUCUACUAAAGCUGCCAAAGGAGCAAGACACAAGAAGCAUCUUGCAGAAAAUGUUCGACUACGCUUGUAAAAGAUGAUGUGACGUUUUUAGUUCUUUUUUACUUACAUUAAGUUAUUAAUAUUCAUGAUUGUCUUCACAAAAAACAAAACCCAACAUUCAGUAUGUACAUACAUACACCGUAGCAUUCUCAUUUCUCUCACGUCCCUUCUUUCUCUCAUGCCCCUUCUUUAACAGAUCUUAUUGUCAUACAAUACUCAUGUACUUGAAACCUUCCUUUGGG